CUUCCUCCUCCUCCUCCUGGUUUCUUUGUUACCUCGCUUUCAACAAUUUUCCAGUUUUACUUGUUCGGUGUCGGUGGAGUGUGUGCGGUCGUUCUCGCUGGAAAACGUAAAUGUUCCUGGAUAAGAAAUAUGUGGAAAAAUAAACGGUGGGCGAUCGGUCUAAUCAUGUUUGGGGACCGGAAACCAGAGCCUUUAACCCUCGAGCAGAAUAGCGAGGAAUCAUCAUCUAACACAGAAGAUAAACAGAAAAAACUCGUAGAAGAGGAGAUAAAACCUUUGGGGUAUGAAAACUAUGAAAAUCCAUUUUAUAAGGACCAGCCCAGUUCGAUUUUGUCAUCGUUGGGUAGCGUACUGGUGGUUAUUGGUACGGCCUUGAUUAUUUUUGCUGCUGCUAGAAACACCAUUACAUGGCACGCGCAAAAAUUCUGGGGAGCCUCCGGUGACUUCUGGCAAGCCCAAUGGGAUAAAUUUCUGGACAUAGCGGGCGAGGACCCCAUGUUCCUGUGGGUGUUCGGAUCUACCGCCAUUACGUUUGGGGUUUACUGGCUCGUGGGUGGAAUCUACACUUUUAUGGACCUCACCAAUACACCGAGAAUUAUUAGACGGUAUAAGAUACAACCGGGGACCAACGAACCUGUCGAUACCGCCAGAUUAAUUAAGGUCCUCUGGUGCGUUCUCCUGAACCAAAUAGCAGUGGGCUUACCAUCGUCGUAUGUCAUGUACUAUUCGAUGAAAUGGCGGGGGUUCCCGGGCAUCAGGGAGCUACCAACUUUUCACUGGGUCCUCUACGAGCUGGCCAUUCAUAUUUUAGUCGAAGAAGCGGCUUUCUAUUACUCCCAUAGAUUCCUGCAUAGCAAACACAUCUACAAAUACAUCCACAAGCAGCACCACGAGUGGACCGCCCCAAUCGCGGUCACCGCCAUCUACAGUCACCCCGUCGAACAUAUUUUUUCGAAUUUGGUGCCGCCCUUUUUGGGGGUGUUUAUUAUGGGGUCGCACGUCGCCACCGCUUGGUUGUGGUUCACGUUAGCCAUACUGAGUACCUUAAACGCCCACUCCGGGUACCACUUGCCGUUCUUUCCUAGUCCCGAAGCCCACGAUUUUCAUCAUUUAAAAUUCAACAACUGUUUUGGAGUGUUGGGAGUGUUGGACCGAAUCCACGGUACGGACGCGGCAUUUAGACAAACCAGGGCGUAUUUGAGGCACAUCAUGAUGCUGAGCUUCAUACCCCCUCGGGUGGCCAUUCCGGACACCCAACUAACCAAAAUGAAGUACUGGAAAAUGCAACAGGAGCUGAAAAAUCAGUAAACGAUUCUAAGAGUCACUAAUUCUAAGAGUAUAAGUUUAUUUUCGUCUUGUGGAUUUUUUUUGGGAUCAAUGAAAAUAGCUCGUUUUUCUGAUGUAUAAAAAUUGUAAAAUACCUGAACUUUCAGCAGCAAAUAUAUUUUUAUUUAUUUUUCUUUACAAGGAAUUAUUUAUACUAUUUAAGAAAUCCACGUAUUAUAUUAAUAAUAAAAAGGAAUUAAAGAAUUAAAAUAGGAACAAUGUGUGAUAGAAUGAAAAGACUGUGGUGAGAUUUGUGAUUGUUUAAGAAAGGAAUAAGCUGCGAUAAGGGAGAGAAGGAGUCUAUAUGUAAAUUUUGUAUAAAUUAAUAUAUUUAUAUUUAAACACAGGGUUUUUGCGACAGCCUCCUGAUGUAUUUGUGAUGUUUACUUUUAAUUUGUGCAUUUAAAAGUACGUGUAAUAUUAAAUAAAAUACUUUUAAUAGUAUUUAGUAAGGCUUCAAACGCAUUUGACACUCACUGUAAAUAAACAAAAUCGGGCUUUUAUUUAUUCAAACAUCAAAAUAUGGGAUUUUUGUAGUAGCAUAUGGCCUAGAUUAGGUUUUCGAACGUUUGGCUUUAUCAUGUUUCUUUAUUAAAGGGUUUUAAAGGUACUGUCCUGAGGUGUUUUUUGAGACUGCAAACCGCGGUUUAAAUAUAUUCUUUUUUACCGAUUGUGUAUAAAUAUAAGUUUGGUUAUUACUGUAAAAUAAAUACAUUACUGCAAAAUAAA